AUGGUCUGUCAAGCCUGUACGAGCUUUCAAGCUCAGUUGGCUCUUAAAGAUGAUGAACUUAAGGAUGUGAACAGUAAAUUUGCUGCAUAUAAAUUGAAAUCAAAAGCACGUUUAGCGCAGCUGAAGCAGUCGAUCAGCGAUACUGUUACAGUUGAUGAGCAAGCAUGGAAGAGAGAACGCUCAGCAUUGUUGAUUCGAUUGGCAGAAACAGAAGGUGAAUUGGAUAGAAGUCAACAAGAAGCUGAUACUAUAAGAAAUAAGCUGGCUGCUAAAGAAAUUGAACUUAGUGAUCAUGCGAUAAGGAUUCGAAGUUUGGAAGAACAACUUGGACAGGCGUUAGAUCGACGUAACAGUAGUAUUAGUAGUGAAGAUCGGCUUCAACAACGACAACACCAGAAACAUCCGGCUGAUAUAGAAGAAAUCGUUAGUAGAGACUUGGACCGCAUGCAUGCGCAGUUAAUUUACAAGGAUACUCGAAUAAUGGAACUAAAUAAUACAAUACUGGAUAAGGAACGUCAAAUUCUUGAUCUUCAAGAAAUGUGUCGUGAACAAGGUCAAUUGGUGCAAGCGAAAGCAAGGGCUUUUCAGAUCGUUCAGCAACGCUUUUUGGAGAUUGAUUCUCGUACUACCAGGGACGUAUCCACCGAAACAGAUAUAACUGAGCGUUCGGAAACAUCAACGUCUCGAUCAGCUGUUGGCAGUGGAUUAUCACCAUCGAUUCGUCGUGAGUCGUCGCUCAAAGGUAGUGGUGCUGUUGCAGUGCGUUCACUAAGAGAAACAGUCUCUCCUGGACAUGCUGUUGUGCAAAUUAAUUCAGGAUUGUCGUCGUCCUCGUCACCACCGCCACUAGAUCCAAGCGAAGAUCGUAGUUCAUAUACAACUGAAACAGUAACUUUGCUCGAUGAAGGAGGGGAGAUGGAAUCAAAGAAUGUUGCGGUGUUAUUAGCAACAAAUAACAGUGAUAAUGCACCAAUAUCAAUUCAACCACAACUAAAUAAUAGUAAUCAUUUCGAUUCAACAAAACAACGAAAACAUCGGAAAAAAGUUACGUUCGACCUAACACCAAAGACUGAUGACACAACGCAUGAUGUGAACAACGCCACAUCAAUGAACGAUGAAAUCGCACAGGCGAUCAUUGAUUUGACCACCGAAAACGAUCAGUUACGUCAUACAAUUCAAGAAAUGGAAUCAUCCGCCGAACAUGAACUUCAGUCCCGAAUUGAACAGUUGAAUGAAGAAAUGGAGCAAGUACGACGAGAUGGAAAAAAUCAAGCAUUGAAAGCACGUGCAGCUGCACAAGGACGAAUAAGAGAUUUAGAAGAGAAAAUAGCUGUCAUGCAAGAAGAGAGCACUGAUAAGAUAGACAAACUGAACGCAUCUGUUGAAACAUUAAGGGGUGAUCGUGAGUGGACGUUAGAAGAAAAUGCACGUCUUUUGGAACAGUUAUCUUCAAAUAAGGAGAAAGUGAAAGAAUUGUGUGAAGAGUUGGAUGAAUCGCGUAUCGAAUGUGAGGAUUUACGUGCAAAAGUGGCUAAAAGUGAUAAUUUAAUCGUGAAAUUGAACGAGGAUAUUGAUGAAGCACAAAGAAUGGCCAAUUUAUUGUUUGAACAAAAAAUUUCGAUUUUAGACGAUGUUGAUCGAUUGAAAGAAGCAAUAGAGGCACAAGACGAAUAUAUAGAUGUGCUAGAAGCAGACGUGGUUAUUUUUGAAGAGCAUAUUGGAUUAUUACGAGAUUCGUUGGGUGCCUCAAAAGUUGAAAGUCGAAAAUUAAUCAAAUCGAAAGCAUUCGAAACAAAAUUAAGAGCGUUGGAACAAGAAAAAGAACAAAUGGAUAGACGAAAUAACGCAGAUGAAGCGGUUGGGUUGCUCGGAAUAUCAUGA